GGCUGGUUUCCCACACGCCCACAGACCGCCCAGCGUAAGGAGUCGGCCUGCAGAAGCAUUUCUGCCACCCGUUUGCUGCCGUUCCCCACAUUGCGCAGGAAGGAAAGCUCUCUCGGAAGAGCUGGAAAGGUGCCGACCCCCACCAUGCUGGCGCUGCUGUGUGCCUACCUGCUGCUGGUGGCCCGCGCCUCGUAUGCCUGGACCGGCCCGAACGUGGAAGAGCCCGGCUCCAACAUGGCGGAGCAGAUCCACGACAUGCACGCCAAAGUGACGGAGAUCUGGCAGGAGCUGACGCGGCGACGCGCGGCGGGUGAGGGCCCGGACGCCGCGCUCCACGCCGCCUGCUGGGUGCAGCCCUCCGCCUCCCUGGACGACACGCAGCCGCGGGUGUCCGGCCUGGUGCUCUUCCGGCAGCUGGCGCCCGGCGCCAAGCUCGAGGCCUUCUUCGACCUGGAGGGCUUCCCGGCCGAGGUCAACAGCUCCAGCCGCGCCAUCCACGUGCACCAGGUCGGGGACCUGAGCCAGGGCUGCGAGUCCACCGGGGCGCACUACAACCCGCUGGGCGUGCCGCAUCCGCAGCACCCGGGCGACUUCGGCAACUUCGCUGUGCGCGACGGCCGCCUCUGGAAGUACCGCGCCAACCUCGCCGCCUCGCUCACCGGCCCGCACUCGAUCGUGGGCCGCGCCGUGGUGGUCCACGCGGGCGAGGACGACCUGGGCCGCGGCGGCAACCUGGCCAGCGUGGAGAACGGCAACGCGGGCCGCCGGCUGGCCUGCUGCGUGGUGGGUGUGAGCGGGCCGGAGCCCUGGGCGCGCCAGGCGCAGCAGCACGCCGAGCGCAAGAAGCGGCGGCGCGAGAGCGAGUGCAAGGCCGCCUGAGCGCCCCCAGCCGGCGGGGCGCCCUGACACCCUCCACGCACCCCGGCACCAGCCCCCUUUCGACCUUGAGUCUCCCUUUGCUCCCAGAGACACCCUCUAUCUUGAGGUCCCACUUCUGCCAAGGCUGAGAUCUCCCUGAAAAUCUGCUCCACCCUGAGGUCCCAACCAUGUGUCCUGAGACAUCCCCCGCCAUCCACUGGGCAGCCCAGCCCUUCUGACGGGCCCCCCACCUUGACCUCUGAGGACCACCAGAGGUACUGAAAUACCCCACCUAUCCUGAGGGGCCCCCAGACUUCCUGAGGCCUCUUUCUACUCUGACACUCCCACCCUCACCCCAGAGUCCUGAGAUCCAUCUAUGCCCCCAAGGGCUCAACUCCCCCUACCCCUCUGAUUCCUUCCGGGGGCUCAGAAGCCUCUCCUAAGGCUGUCUGGGGUUCCCGGCUCCACACCCACUACCAUUUGUGUGCCUGCUAGCAGUUAGGAGCCCCUACCUGGUGUCUGCAGCUGUUUCCCACCACCCCCUACCCUGCAAAGAGCUGCUCCUCUGGGGGCUAUUUGGCAAUCUUUGUGUUGCACAUUAAAAACUCAGUAUUUAGUACUGCA